CAUAUUACCAUCGCGCAACAGUAUAGGAAGACCAAGAGAAGAAUCCCCUGUAGCUCCAGCUACCUUGCGCUCGCUCGCUCCCCUAGCACACGACACGGCUAGCUAAACUGCUUACCCUAGCGGUGUGGCUAGCUUCCACUCUCUUCGACGACCAUGAGCGAGCAAGACGCGCUGCAGGCGGCCAACAGCCUUCCCGGCGAGACGGCGAAUGGCGCCCCGGACAUCCACUCCUUCUCCCAGCUCCCUUUCAUGCGGCCCAAGCCGCCGCCGGCGACAGAGGCAGGUGGAUCGAGCCCCACGUCUUCCAUCCGUCUCUUCGGCUUCGACUUCCCGCCCGACGGGGCGGCGUCCUCCGUCACCAACGGCGAUGCUGCCGCCGACAGCACCACUUCUCCCGGCCAGACGGUCCCGGCGGCGUCGGUCGGUGCAAGUGGCGGCGGCAGUCGCAAGUUCGAGUGCCACUACUGCUGCCGGAACUUCCCGACGUCGCAGGCGCUCGGGGGGCACCAGAACGCGCACAAGAGGGAGCGGCAGCAUGCGAAGCGCGCGCAGUUCCAGAGCGCCAUGGCCAUGCAGGGCCACUACCCCGGCCACGCGUACCCGGCCUUCGGCAGCGGCUACCACCAUCACCACCGCUUCCUCGCCGCGCCGGCGCACAUGGCCCGCUACGAGCCACCACCGCACUACCCCUCUUGGUCCAACCACCACAUCUCGCCCACCGGGCCAGCCGCGGUGCCAAGCUACUACGGCGGCAGCGGUCCCGGCUCCGUGUCCCAGCCGAUCAACGGUAGCCCGGUGCCACCGGCCGCGCUCUGGCGGGUCCCGGGCGUCAGCGUGACGGCAUCGGUGCCGCUGCAAGAACGGCCAACGCCCUUGACUCAGGCCCGACGUGAUGAGAUGGCGGUGGCGUGGGAAAGAAGAGGACAAGCUGGCUCGGCGUCAUCGGCGUCAUCAGCGUCGUCGUCUUCGCAGCAUGAAGCUGUACGCCACGGGGGAGACGCCGCCGACAACAGAGCAAACGUGAGCUUGGAUCUCACCUUGUAAUCCAAUCUCGAACUACUACGGGGUGGUACGUACGGUUAAUUAGUGGGUUCAUCAAGAGAUUAAGAUCCAAGGUUAAUCCUUUUUUCUCUAGUUCGUGAAUUUGUUUAGCUCGAUCGAUCAGUGGAGAGAUUCUUUUUUCUUCGGUGCCCAUUUUUGCAGUGUUUUCUCGUCGUUCAGCAGCAGCACUACUCAUUCAUGUUCUUCUCGCAUCGCUUUAGAUUGCUUUGUAAGAAAAAAGGGAAGGGGAAAUAAAUGGAACAAUCCUUGGGGGAAACAUGCAUGGGGGGGGGGGGGAAUGAGAUGAGUGAUUUCAUUUUCAUCUUCUUAAGUGUAUUGUCCAGCCAUCCAUAAUCUUCUUCUAAUGUUCAUAUUUUGAUUGACAUGGACUGAUGCUUACGUCUGUCCUAGCACUAAUUUUUCUGUUCUGUCUGUCUGUCCAUUCAAACGAAAAGUUUUCUUUUUAUC